AUGCAGUAUUCAUGUAGGUAUCUCGAAAUAAGCACUCCAAACUCACUAUUGCAGUUUAACAAAAUACCGCCGGCGGCAGCGUUUUUAACGCUUUCCUAUAUGGUCUGCACCAUCGUUCUAUUUGUUUUAAGGCGGUUUGAAUAUUCUAAGCUUGUAUCGAGCGGUUCUGAUGUCGCAUUCGACUCAGUUUACUCACCCAUCAUGCAAAUGGUACCUAGUGAAAUACUAAAUCAUCCUUACUCGAUCGUACUUUCAAACCUGGUAGAUGUCAACGUUUGGAAAAUUUCUAUUAAUACUAUAAACCUUGUGGUUGGUGGCUCAUUCAUCGAGCGUGAUUGGAAUAGCUCUGCUGAGAUUUUGAAGUUUACUUUAUUAAUCGGUUCAGUAACAAAUGUAAUUGUAGUUGCUGUAACGUUACUAUCAUCUUUGUUGAUCCCCGGUGUUAAGAUAGAUGUUCCGUUAGAUGGAAACUACACAGUGCUCAUUGGCUUCCCUAUCGUUUACAAACAGCUAUUUCCCGAGACUACGAUCAUACGGUUGAAGAACCUUGGCUUUCUUUCCAAAAACUUUAGAUUUAAGCUACUGCCAAUUUUCAUCAUGAGUACUCUAACUGUAGGCCAGCUCGUAUUUUUCCAUCACUUCGCCCAAUUACUGUCAAUUUGGAUAACAUUCUUUUCUUGCUGGAUUUACCUAAGAUUUUUCCAGGUGCUAACUUCUACGCAAAAUAGUGAUUACAUGGUUGGUGAUGCAUCGGACACUUUCCAGCUCAUCUAUCUAUUCCCCGACAUUACUAAGCCGCUACUGAGACCCAUCUUCGAUUGGAUAUACAACAUUUGCUCUAAUAAAUUACGGAUAAUACGACCUUUCGAAUCUGGUGACAUCGACAAGAGUAAUUCUGUCGCUGAACAACGAGGCGCCAAGAAGAUAGUCAAUCCCGUUGAGGAAAGGCGCAAACAGCUAGCUUUACAGAUGCUGCAAGAAAGGAUGGUGUAA